CAGAAGUUGCCAUCUGAUUACAAAUUAAGUAGACGGAGAAAAAUAAGAACCACCUAAUACGAUUGACUCUCCGAGGGACAAGUCCUAUUUACUUUUCACAUAUAGCAGGUACUACCUUCUUGACAUGAUAAUCCGAUUUCAAGAUUAUGUCAAAAGAAAUAAGGAGAUAUAUGUUCAUAAGAAACGAUAUGUGAGUUAAUGGUAAGUGUUGCUCCUUCUGUUAGACGGUCUAAUUAUCAAGAAGUUGACCUUUGUGUGAAGUUAUGAUAGUUUACCAUACCCUUUCCCACAGUUAACCAUUCAUAUCCAAUCAAAAAACCUAAUUAUGUUUCCCAACGAGGUUUAGAGACAACUGGUCUAUUAGAAAAUAAAAUACUGGUGGAGCCUCCACAUUUUGUAAGAACUAAAAGCGACAUUUCACUGCUUGCCGAAGUUGAUGGGGCAACCGAAUGGUUGUUGAUGGGCCUGCUUAGCCUUAGAUGCCCACUACAGAACCGUAAUGACCCAAGUCCUUUUUCUUCUUUUUCUUUUACAGUUAUACCCCUACAUUUCCCCCUUUUAUGAUUCGAAGGGAAAUUUAAAAAAAACCCUUUUAUACUAAAUUUGUUCCUUUUUGAAGAUUCAAAAAGGAAAGGUUAAAAUGGGAAAUUCAUUAAAAUUGUAUGAAAAAUAGUAUUAAUCACGACAGGAUUGGGAAAGAAGUGAAGCUUCAUUUGCCGCGACCUUUUUGUUCCUACAGGAAAUCAAAAUUGUAUAUGAAGGAGGCCACAGAUGGAGCCUUUUAAAUGGUCGUUCUUUUAUCAAUAUUUCCUCAAAUUACAACGCUUUGGCUCAUCAAGUCUCUAACUACUACAUCCAAAUCCUCAUUAAAAAUUGGUUCUUGAUUCUCAUUUUAAAUUGUCAAAUUAAUCCUACACAAAGUAGGAGGGUGGUUAAGUUUGGUUGAGAUGGGGGAGACGCUUGGCCUUCAGAAGAUAAUGAAGGUCACUGCUUCAAAGGCUCUGGUUAUCAGAAUCAACCUGUUUUUUCUUGCUUUCUUUUUUAUUAUAUAUGUAUGUAUCUUUCUCCAUCCAUCUUCUACUGCCUACUUUGAGAAUGCUGCAUCUCUUGUAAGGUGCUCGUUGCGCGAGUGCCAACACAAGGUGGAAAAAAGUAUGAAGAUGGAGGCAAUAUUUGAAGAUACUCAAGCCAAUGAUCCAAAGCCUAAAAGGAAUCUGACAAAGACAGAGUUUCCAAACUUCAUGACCUCAGUAGGGAGAGGAAUGAAGAUUGGAAUGGUGAAUAUGGAUGAAUAUGAUAUCAGUGAAUGGAAAAUAUACGGAGAAACAAUGUCAGUGGAUUUUGAAAGAGUAUCAAAGUAUUUCAAAUGGCCGGAUUUGUUUCCCGAAUGGAUAGACGAGGAGGAAGAGAAUGACACUCCUACAUGUCCUGAAAUACCCAUGCCAGAUUUCAGAAAAUACGAUAUCAUGGACAUAAUAGUGGCUAAAUUGCCAUGCAAGUUCCCGGAAGAAGGAUGGGAGAGGGAGGUGUUUAGGCUUCAAGUUCAUCUGAUAGUGGCGAAUUUGGCUGUGAGGAAAGGGAAGAGAGACUGGAAUUGGAGGACGAAAGUGGUGUUUUGGAGUAAAUGCAGGCCAAUGUUGGAGCUUUUCCGAUGCGAUGACUUGGUAAGAAGGGAAGGUGAUUGGUGGUACUUUGUGCCUGAGAUAGCGAGGUUGGAACAGAAGGUUUCUUUGCCUGUUGGGUCUUGUAAAUUGUCAUUGCCCUUGUGGGGACAAGGAAACGACGAAAUCUACGACCUUUCCAGGAUAAAAAGUGCCACAAAGACAGUCAAACGUGAAGCCUAUGCUACCGUCCUUCAUUCCAAAGACAGGUACGUUUGUGGUGCAAUAACCCUAGCGCAAAGUCUCCUGAAAACGGGCACCAAGCGCGACCUUCUUCUCCUCAUCGACAAGUCCAUCUCUGCCCCCAAGCGUGAGGCCCUCGUUGCAGCCGGUUGGAAGAUUCGAAUCAUCACAAGAAUCCGUAAUCCAAUGGCUGAAAAGGGCACAUACAAUGAGUAUAAUUACAGCAAGUUCAGGCUUUGGCAACUCACAGAUUAUGACAAAAUCAUAUUCAUAGAUGCAGACAUUAUUGUUUUACGAAACCUUGAUCUCCUCUUCCAUUUUCCUCAGCUCUCAGCUACGGGUAAUGAUAUAUGGAUCUUUAAUUCGGGUAUUAUGGUGAUUGAGCCGUCAAAUUGCACAUUUCGAAUACUAAUGAACCGCCGCAGAGAAAUCGUCUCAUACAAUGGCGGUGACCAAGGCUUCCUUAACGAAAUUUACGUAUGGUGGCAUCGAUUACCCAGAAGAGUGAACUUUCUAAAGAAUUUCUGGGCUAAUACCACACUUGAAGCUAGUCUUAAAAACCAUUUAUUUGCAGCAGAUCCCCCAGAACUUUACUCCGUUCAUUAUUUAGGUUUAAAGCCUUGGUUAUGUUACAGAGAUUAUGACUGUAACUGGGAUAUUGAGAACCAACAUGUUUAUGCUAGCGAUGUGGCACAUGAGAGGUGGUGGAAACUGCACGAUGCCAUGGAUGAGAAGCUGCAGAAGUUUUGUGGGCUAACAGAGCAAAGGAGAAUUGAGUUAGAUUGGGACAAAAAGAAAGCUAGAGAGGCGGGGCUGCCUAAUAAGCAUUGGAGGAUCAAUGUUACAGAUCCUAGACGGUCUCAUCUGAUUGAUUAAAAUUCAUAUGCCAUUACUUUCUUUUACCCUUUAUCAUAUAUUUUUAUCCCUUUUUUGUAGAACAAUAUAUACUAUACUUGGGAUGUUUUUUUCUUCCAUACAAUUUAUGUGUGAAUAUAAAUUGGUCGAGGAGUCAAUGAGUCCUGUUUAUUAA